GAGGACGCUUCCAAGUUGGAGCCCGCCUGCCUGGCGCGCUUUCCGCGGGGCUCCCCAUUGAGCGCUCCACUUUUCUCUGGUUUUGGAGAGCCCGCGCGCCUUUACGCACGGCCAGGCUUCUCUCUCCCUGCCACGGAUCCGGAUCGUGGGGGUGGGGGGGUGAGGGGGGUCUGUGCUUCGUCUUCCGGAUGUCCUAUUUGGGGAGGGUCCUCUCUCUUCCAGAGGACACCCCCCCUUAACAACCUCCAGCAUCAAUGAGAGACAGGGAGAUGUGGACUGUCAAAUUCUGCCCCGCUUCGCCACGUGGGCUUACUUGGACCCAGUAGCGCCUGCUGGAGUUCUUUCUCCAUCCCCUGAUGGCAGCCAUCCAGAACCUCCAGAAGUGGUGCAAACAGCAGUGUGACGGGUACAACGGUGUCAGCAUCACCAACAUGACCACCUCCUUCCGGGACGGCUUGGCCUUCUGUGCCAUCCUUCAUCGCCACCGGCCGGAUCUCAUAAACUUCAGUUCCCUUAGUAAAGAAAAUGUCUUUGAAAAUAAUCAACUGGCGUUCCGAGUUGCUGAGUCGGAACUGGGGAUUCCUGCUUUGCUGGACGCCGAGGAUAUGGUCGCCCUGAGAGUGCCAGACAGGCUGAGCAUCCUCACCUACGUUUCCCAGUAUUAUAACUAUUUCCAUGGCAAGUCGCCGAUUGGUGGGAUGGCCGGGAUCAAGCGCCCUCCUUCCGAACCCAGAGAGGAACCGAUCGGGAAAAAGUUUGUUUCCGAACCAGUGACGCCAGGCCCGCCCAAGCCGUCUCGACAUCUGCCGCCCGAACCCAAGGCAAAUCCGGCUCUGCAGGGACGUGGUCUGGUGAAGGAGAACUCUCCGGUGACAGCGAGACGAGUCUUAGCUGAGAACAACAACAUGCGAAGCAGCAACUGCGCCGUCUGUGGAAACCACGUUCACCUGGUCCAGCGGCUGCUGAUGGAUGGGAAGCUGUAUCACCGGAACUGCUUCAGGUGCAAGCAGUGCUCCAAUACUCUACGGUCCGGGAACUACAAAGCUGGAAAGGACCCAGGCACUUUGGUCUGUAACCAGCACGGGCAUCCGACGCAGCUCCCGAAUUCCUUGACCGCCCACCCCAAGGACGUCACGGGAGAGAAUAAACCCACCGAUUCAGCUUCUGUUUCGGGGCGCUACUCGAAGGGACUCGAGACAAAAAAGCCAGCGCCGGAAUCUGCAAAAACAAGCCAGGCGUUCCGGAGCGGUGAUGCCGUCAAAGCGAUGGCGUGGGAACCCUCGAAGCCUGGGAACGACAGGCCCAGCUCUGUGGCCGCGAGCCCGAGUUCGCGACGCUGGGACCCUGCUGGGAAUAAACCAGUUCUCCGCGAAACUCCGGCCGCCUCCCCUUUGCCCUGGACAGCGUCGGCAGCCAAGACGCAGCAGGCGCGAGCGAAGUUUUUCCAGUCCGUUCCGGCGGACGAAACUGAGCCAGUGAAAAGUCAAAGCCCUCCUUUCAAGCCCCCUCAGGGAGCUGGGAAAGCGUCCUCUCCCGGAACCCACGCACGGGGCACCGAUGCAGGGGGCAGCGAGAAAGACCAAGCACGGAGCUUUCUUAUGCAAGCCUUACCUGGGUCUCAGCCUGCCCCCAACAGGUCAGGGGGCUCCGACAGCACGUCUGCCAGCACCUCGCCCAGGUCACUGGCCUCCAAGACGAGCAAACCUUCCCUGGCUCCUUCCAGCUUGCAACGUUUCGAGCCCGAGAAGGUCUCGGGUAGCAAGAUCUUGAGACCCGUCAUCGUGUCAACCUCUGUGGAAAAACCAGCGAGAGGGUCACCGGGGACCCCGCCCACGGUCGAACGCUUGCCCAAAGAUCCAGCCCAGAAAGUAGGAAUCGGGACGGCCGCCCCAAACAAAGUCAAGGAUCAGCCCUCUGUCCGACCUGCCGAUUCUGGACGGAAGCUGGAUGUCAAGGUUACUAAAGGGGUAGGUGCGGGUGCAAAUCCUGCGGAAGAGAAAUCGGAGGCCCCGGCAGACUGGAGGUCGAGGCUCAAGCCCGUGGCCAACAAAGCCUCCGACCCAGGGGAUGACCGAAGCUCUCGGAAACCCGUGGGUGUUCACAAUGUGGUUCUCAACGUAACAGUGAGCCCUGCGAAGGACGAGAAAAAGCCGGCUCUUUUAGUAACCAUCCCGGUGAUUCGUGAUGCUGCUCCGUCGUCCGACCAGCCCAAAAAGAAAAAACUGUUGGUGCCUUCGCUGGACAUUUUGGGUGGCUGGCAGAAGCCCCAGCAGGAGUGGGAAGAUGAUCCGGCAGCUCAGAAGGCAGAAGUGCCGGGCCCACCGAAGAGAGCUGUUGCGCCCUUUAGACCAUCCUCUCCUAGAACCUUCCAGAAGCAUCCAAGUGGUCAAGUGGUGUCUCCGUCAAAGCUCCGCCCGGACUACAUCCCUGAAGAAAAGAUCCAGAAGGAAGUCCGGCAGAUCGAGAGGGAUUUGGACAAGCUGGAGCUCCAGGGGGUGGACAUGGAGAAGGAGCUGCGCAAGUGCGAGGGAGACGAUACCGAGGACGCCCUGAUGGUGGAAUGGUUCAAACUGAUCCAUGAGAAGCAAUUGCUGCUGAGGCGGGAGUCUGAACUGAUGCACAAGAUGAAUCAGCAGAAGCUGGAGGAGAAGCAGUGGGACAUCGAGAGCGAACUACGGGGCCUCAUGAGCAAAUCCGAUGUCCUGAAGAGCCCGAAGGAGAAGGCCCGGGAGGAGGAGCUGCUGAAUUCAUACGUGGCCACCGUCAACGAUCGGAAUAGAAUUAUAGAGGACCUGGAUGAAGACAGGAUAAGGGAGCGGGAGGAAGAUGAGAUGAUAGCUGCCAUGAUCCAGAGCCUAGAUGUGUCCCGCAACACCCCGGAAAGUGACAAGAAGAAAACCAAGUUCAGCUUCCUCCGAAUAUUGAAAACCAAGAGCUAGACUCAAGAGUGACGUGUCCUCAGCAGUCAUAUUGCCGGAGGCUUUGGGUCCAUUUGCUGUUGGGAAGGAAUUUUUGUAUUUGUUAUUUUUAGGACAGUCAAAGCCUUGGACUAAAGAAAGAGAAAGGACAUAGAGGAAUCAGACCGGGGGAUCUAAUGGAAAACUGCCUUGCUUGGAGACGAAGGAAUGGAGAGCUGGCAGAAAAUCUUCCGUUUUGAAUCCAUUCCACACAAAUCUUAAAAUUUAACUUGCACACCUUGGAAACCUUCUCUGGACCGUAAUAGCUGGCUAAUACCAGCCUGUAUUUUUAUGUACACUUGUCUUUCUUCAGAAUUUGCGUCCAACGUGGAGUAAUCUGGUAGCCCCCGAGCGUGGUUAGAGAUUUCACUUUCAUCUUUUAUGAGACAGUGGCUGUGCGGCGAAUCUUUGGGUGUCGAUGUAGAACAAAAAGGAAUCUUGAGACAUCAGAUUGGCUGGAACAGUGGGGGACACCUGGCUGUGUCAUCCUCCGCCCUAGUCACAGAUAGGUACUCCAGAACGCCACCAUGCUGACAGUUAGCUACCUCCGGAUCUUCAUGGGUUGCUACUUGCAAAAGAAUCUCUCUGACCUGGUUUGCACACAACGCUAAGCCAUCGUUUAAUAUUUCAUGCACAAGCCUGCUUCUUCUUCUCUUCCGGCACUGCUUCUGUUUUCGGCUAACAACAAUGGCACGUUCCAUCUGAACUAUGGUUUGUCCAAACAAGCCAGCUUUAAACUGUGGUUAAGGAUCCUGGCUUGUUCAGAUAAACCAUUAUUAAGACUUAGCUAUGGUUCAUGGUUUAGGUAUAACAGCAAACCAAGGUUAGUUGAAAAUGGAAGCGGAUGUAACAUUAAAUGGAGUUAGAUGUUGUGUGCCAUCCACUGUGUCAUGCAUUUUGUAAGCUUCAAUAUGAGCAAGGAGUGAGGAGAUGCUGGGCUGGCAUUUGAGGCGGCAGCGAGGUGCCUCCCAUUAUAUCCAGUUCAAGCCUUGUACCCACGACAAAAUGGCUGCUCAGAGUUUUUUUCUGCCACCUCCGAUUCUGUGAGGAAAGGAAGAGAAGAGACUUUCUCGACAAGAAGCUCAGGCCUGGUCGUCACAUGCAGCAAAAUGAAGUGGGGAUGAAGCGGUACGAUCCGGAGGUGGUUGGAGAAGACUGUACCACUUCAUACGACAAUGGCAGCAAACACUCCAUGAAAGUAGAAAGCUUGCACAACAGGGAGCUGGUGGGGCCGAGCCCUUUCUCCCUGAUGGGUUAGACGUCUGCUGACGGGGAGGAGAAGCAUUUGAAAAUUGCACCUCCUCCCUGCAACUUGAAGUUGAGAUAGUCCAUUCUAUCAACACAGCAAUUCUACCCCACCCACCCACACCCCUGCUUCUGUAGCAUGCAUAGGCCAGGCCCAAAUGAUAUGAAGAACACUUGGAAGUUUAAGAAUGGAUGAUAUAACACUCCCAACUGCAGGUGGAGGACCACAUUUUUGAAUGCCUUCCUUCCCACCCACCUCCUAAUCCCAUCCUUGCAAGUAGAAAGCCAGCAGCCCAAGGAAUGAACUGAUCUUGAACCUUUCCCCCUGAUGCGGAGAACAUUUACCGUUCAAAAUCAGCAAGAAGAUCUUUGACUGGAUAUUGGCUUGCAAGCUAUUUUGAGAGACAAUUCCUGUUAGCCAUCUCUUCUUCUACAGCCACGGCUCCUGCGCCAUUUAAACAGGCCAUCUGUGUGUCAAGCGGCCUACAAAUAUUCAUCGCUCGUACAAAGGCAGCAGAACGUGGGGUGGAAAGAUGUCGGAAUGCCUGUUUACAUUGUCUGUUCCUAGCUCGGCCAUAUCAAGUCCUCGAUGGCAUUGUUCCACCAAGAGCGAGAGAAUAAUUCCUGCUGAGGGUUGCCACCUUUUCACCUGAGGGGCGCUCCUAGGCCUUUAAGCCCUGCAUGGCAGCAACAAAUCCCCAUCCAACAUCUAAACUAACCCAGUACUUCUGUGUCAG